CCGGAAGAGGCUGGCGAUAAGAUUGCUGCUUCCGCUCCAUUCGUUUGGACAUACGAGCGAUAAUAUGCAAAUAUACAAGGACAAAAUUAGAAUUGGCUGAAUAUAUUAUCCAGAGGAAACGUUAAACUGAUAACACUAACGCAAAUAAAGCGGCAUAAACGCUUGGUCUGUCCAACGACGAACAUGGACUUCUUUAGUGGCAAGAAGGCUUUAUCCGAAGGAGACUCAUAUGCUGGCGUCGAUGAGGAUGGAAAAGAAGGGAAGAUAGAUCAAGAGAUACUGGAGCUGAUAGCAGAACGGGCAGCAAGAAAAAAAGCAGCUUUAAAAGAAAGAGAAAAAUCGAUUCAAAGAGCUCAAAAUCGACGCUGUCUGACAACGAUCAAUGUUAGUGGACAAAGAUUUGUCGUGGAUAAGGAUAUCUUCUCUCGUUUUCCAGAUACUCUUCUUGGAAGCAAUUUCAAGGAAAGCUUCUUCGAUUCACAAAGGAAGGAAUACUUCUUUGACCGAGACCCUGAAGUGUUCAAAUACAUCAUAAUAUUUUACAAAACUGGAAAACUUCAUUUCCCAGAAGAGGAAUGCGCCUGCUGCUUCGACACCGAAUGUCGCUACUUCGGUAUUCAAACGGACAUUAUGUCUGACUGCUGUCACGAGCCUUUUGGAGAACAAACGGAGGAUUUCAAAGAGUAUUUACGAAGGAACAGGCCCCUGGAAAUCCCAAAGGUCUCUGACAACCAAGCGUGCCUUCAGAUACUACGAAGAAAAAUGUGGAAAAUCUUUGAAGAUCCGGGCGGCAACAUAUUUGGUUUACUUCUACAUUACAUAUCAGCCGUCUUCAUCGUUGUCAGCGUUAUUAGUUCUGUCGUAGAGACUAUUCCAUGUGGGAUUCAAAAAUGCGGCAAAAAGUACGCCAAAGAGUUCUUUCUAACCGAAGCGGUCUGUGUAACUCUCUUCACCUCAGAAUACGUCUCAAGACUUUUUGCCGCCCCAAAAAGAUGGGAAUUCGUUAAGAAAUUUCUAAGUAUUAUAGAUUUGAUAGCCAUCCUUCCUUUUUACGUUGGCCUCAUCUCGCCUAAAGCAUCAGAGGGACCCUUCACUGUACUUCGAGUAUUCAGGAUCUUUCGGAUCGUAAAAAUGUCUCGCCACAGUACGAAGGUGCAGCAAGCGGGCAGCUCUUUGAGAGAAAGUUUCUCUGAACUCAGUUUUGUUUUUGUGGUGCUUGCUGUGAUGAUAAUCAUAUUUUCGUCUGUGAUAUAUUACGCCGAGAGCGCCUACCCUGAUACGAACUUCACUAGUAUCCCUGCAACUUUUUGGUAUACCAUUGUUACAAUGACGACGCUAGGGUAUGGUGAUCUAGUGCCAGAGAGCAUAGUGGGACGGCUGACUGGUGCGCUUUGCUCGUUAAGUGGAAUCUUAGUGGUCGCUUUACCAGCACCUGUGCUAGAAAAGAACAUGAAGAAAGCGAGGAAAGGUGAAGAGGACGAUAGACUUCCAUUAACGUUCAGAGAAAACCAGGAGACAGAAGGAGGCAAUUCUGAAGUAGCCGAAGAACAAUGUGAAGUGAUGAAGUCUGAUAAUAGUAAAUAAUGUUUGGAAAAAAACCAAACAAACAAACUAUUUAUACAUGAAGCCCAGAGAAAAAUUUAUUGAUUGAAUGAAACAGACUAAAAAUGGAAAGCCAUUUUAAUGUUACUGCAGUGUCAUGUACGUGCCAUACUGAAUGGUUUCUUUUUUCUUCAACCAUUCAAAUCCUAGAGAAACGUUGAGCAUGUUCAAUGUUGGCACAUUAGACAAGCGCAGAGUCCUUGUCACAAAACUGAAAUGCGCAGAGAGCCCUGGUCACAAAAUAAACAUGCGUAAAGAGCCUUUUUCACAAAACA